AUGAACAAGAUGACGCGAUACGCGGAGGCCAAAUCGGUGAAAGUUGAUAACUGGGGUGUGUUCUUCCUGCAGAAGCUGCAAAACUUUUUCAACAAAACCGACCACUGCGAUCUGACACUGCAGUUCAACGACAACUCCCAGCUGAAGGUGCACCGGCUGGUACUUUCCGCGUGUACAGAUUACUUCAACCAUCUGGAGAACGUAUGCGAGAUGUACGACGAUGUGCUGAUCAUGCCGAUGGAUCUGCAAGCCGACGUUAUAGUCCCGAUCGUCAACUUCAUGUACACGGGAACGCUCGAAUUCCAGUACAAUAUGUACGACCGGUUGCUGAAAACGGCCACCGAUAUGAACAUGACCGUGCUGCUAAAGCUACUCGAGGCCCACCGCCAAACGUCAUCGCGCAUCGUGAAGCAACCAGUGCUGCUGAACAAACAGGCACCACGAGGCCGCGGUGUCGCCAUGUACCAAGGAGCAGGGCCACGCGUAAUGCCUGGACAGAGAGGUGGGCACAAUGUUGGGCCAAGACCGCGUUUACCGAUAGUACGACAUCCGAUCCAUUCGUACGGUCAUAAGGGGAACGUCAGUCUCAGCACAAAGGACACCAAACCCGGCCCCUCGCGAUUCGAUGACGCAGAAAUGGGCGAUGGUUUCGAAGGAUCGUUCGAUGGGAUUACGUACGAAACCAAACCACUGCUGACGGCGGAUCAGGUCAAGAAAGAGGAAGAAACAUCACCGUUCGAAAAGUUACGCAAAGGUUACACCAAUGCAAACGUAGUAAAGCGGUCGUCUAGUGGUUCGCUCACAUCACCGCCGGCCAAGAAGCCCAACCUGGAUGAGGUGAAAGAAUUCACCGAAGCGGCUCGUAUGCGCAGCCAGCUGACGACGCACGAUGAUGAUUCGCCGGACUAUGUCGAUGACGAUACACACUUCAACGAUGAUGACGACGAGGAUUAUCAACCACCGGCCUCGGUAAAGGCUGCGUUGGCCAAGUCCGCUAACCAGCAGGGAACCUUGGUCAAGCUAAGCAACAUUAAGCAGGAAUCGAAAUCACCUCGAUCGGGUGAAAUUUCGUCCGCGAUGAAACAGAUUACCGUAAAGGAUGAAUCUGGUAGCGUUGACCACGCAAAGAUUAUUUCGGAGGUGCUGAAGAAAUAUCCCCAUCUGGUGAAGAAGAACAAAAACAUAAAGUUAAAAAUCAUGCAGAAACCUUCACCGACCAAUGCCAACAGCACAAGCGGCACGACGUCAUCCGGACCGAAGAUGGAAGUUCGUACCGCAACGCCUUUAAAACAGGAUCUCUCGAUGGUACGCCGUGCUACGGCAAAUAUACGCAACGACAUGGUGAAAACGCCAUCGAACACUUCUUCUGCUACGACAUCCUCCGGGAAGCCGGCCGCUAGCGGCACAACUAAAACGAUCGAUGCGAAAACGAUGCACGCGUUGAUCGCGAAGGGUGCGGAAAACACAACCGGACCGUGGUUGUGUCUGCGGUGUGGCAUUAACGGCCGCCCGAUUAGCAUUCCGAGCUACAAAGCGUUCUACAACCAUUUGAUUCACAAGCACAAGGAACGCAUUGAUGUGCGCAUUUGUGAACACUGCGGAUACAAGGCGCAACAGCGCAAUCCACAUCUGAUCUAUCACUGGUUUACGGAGCACAAAAUUAAGUCUACGAUUAAGUUCCCGCGGUGUGACGAAUGCGAUCACGUGGCGAUGACCGCCGACGAUCUGCAGAAACAUGAAGAGGAAGUGCAUUCCCGGGGCGAUCUGCAGCAAUGCAUCUAUUGCAACAAGGUGUUCGCGAAGGAGAUGGAACUGUACGAUCACAUGAAGGUGCAGCACAAGGAACGGGCGAUCGCGGACGGCGUGCUAGAGUUUACCGACGACGAGGACUAUCAAACGGAGGAGGAACUAACCUCCCCGCAGACGAAAUCGUACCCAACGGCCGGAAGCAGCGGUGAGGGUAAGAUUAAAAUUCUUUCCAACAUUACGCUUCCACCCGCGAAAGGAACGGGCGGUGCGGUACGCCACAUCACACUCGAACCAUCGUCAGAAGCGGAAGCGCUCAGCAAUGUGGCGUCCGGCAUUGCCACCAGUCUGACCCUUGUCGGUGACAAUGGGGUAGUGAUCGAUGAUCCCAACUACCAGAACCAGUUCAUCGAGGCGGAACUUGCGAGUGUGCAUGGUGAAAAUGCAACCAGCGGUUCGGGCACGGAAACCGUCCCGAAGCUGGUGACCGCCGAUGGAACCGAGCUGCAGCUUACGCAAUCACAGAAGGAUGAAAUUAUUUCCCAGCUGCAAAACACUGGCAGUGGAAACGACGUGGUAAUGGUAUUGAACGAGGACAACUUUGCGGUCGGAUCCACGAUACAGCUGGACGAAGGGGUACAGAUUGUCGAUACGUCCGCACAGAACAUAAUGGUGAUGUACAGCCAAACGGCGGAGGGUGGCUCGGAACAUAACGAUAGUCAAAAGUCCGAUUCCAAGGCGGCCGAUGUGACUGCUUCGGAGGAUGAACUUUCCCAAGCAUCCGUUUCGCUAUCCGAAGACAAGGCAGCAUCGAUCGACGACAAGCAAGUGUCGCUAGAAGAAGCAGAUGAAAGUGUAGAAUCGCGCCGUACGGGCGCAUCCGAUAAACCGGACGAAGAGGAAGGUAACACUAUGGACGACGUGGAUAUGGAAACGAACGAAACGGUGCAGCAGGCCGUCAAGGAUGAGAUGAUGGACUUGGAGGAAGAGUUGCGAGCACCGGACACGUCGACCGAGGGCGCGAAGGAUGAUGAGUUAGACGACUCGGAAGAUCGACAGCAGUCCGAUAAAUUGAAGCUAAUAUCCGAACUGGAAGGCGAUUGGUCGGAAGAUACUGCAGACGAUCAGCCUGCCGCCACUCCGUCGACCGUUGCGGAAGUUUCGGAAAAGUCCACCAAAAAGGUGGCUGGUGAUAAGAAACCAACUACUACUCCUACUCCUGCUGUUGCUAAAUCAACCACCUCAAAGUCGGAAACAGACAAAAAGGUGGCAACGACGGAAGCUACCGCAACGGGCAAAAAGAAGGCUACUCCGGUAGAAGCUUCGUCCACCAAAGAGCGUAAAAAAUCCAGCGAUGAGAAGGAAAUCUCGGAAAAAGAGAUCGACAAACUGCUCGAUGAUUGGAACAACGAAGCCAAGCUGGAUGAGCUCGCUGACGAGGCGGGUCUGGAGCAGGAAAUGGCAGAGGUUACCGGAGCGAAGGCAGCGGUCGGUGUGCGUGAAAGUAAAAAGGGGAAAGAAAUAAAGAAGGAAUCAUCCCCAGCGAAAGAAGAUGCCGUAGAUGUACCCGAAGACGAUGGUAAGCAAAAGGAAGAUACAGCGAAGAAGACACCAGUGGCAAAAGAAAGCGGUACGACGAAGGGUGUGAAGAAAAAUGGAACAACAAGCGCUGAAACGGCGACAAAAAUCAAACAGGAUGCCAGUGCACCGGAAGACGAUGAUGGUGGUGAGGAUGAGGAGGAUAAGGACAAAUCAACCUCCAAGUCGAAAGUAGUUAGUUCGCUGCUAGGCGAAUGGGAUGAGGACGAUGAUCUGUGA